AUGAUCGUUGACACGGUCGAGGCCGUGAAGUAUCUCGGGGUCAAGAUCGACAGUCGUAGGAGGUUCGACGGACACAUCGAGGCGGUCUGUGGGAAGGCCGACAUCCUGACGGGAGCCCUUAGAGGCAUCCUGCCGAAUAUCAAUGGGCCGCCCAACUUGGCCCGUCGACUCUACUACAACGUCUGGGAGUCCGUUGUGUUCUACGGCGCACCGGUGUGGGCGGACGCCGUCGGCAGGGCGAAGAACAAGAAGAUAAUGAAGAGGGCUCAGAGAACCGCCUUGAGCAUAACGACGACGGCUUACCGUACGGUCUCGCAUGCAGCGCUUUGCGUGUUGACCGGCAAUCUGCCGAUCUACGUCAAGGCGAAGUAG